AUGUCUCCAUUAGCUGCCAUUUUGCAAUCGUACCGUGCCGAAGACAAAGAGAACAACCUAGUUGACCAUUCGGUCAAGAAAAAUGGGUCAUUCCCAAGCUUGCACUUUGAUGAAGUUAUAGUUCGGGUACCAACUGCAAGCAACGACCCAGGUUCUAUAUGUCAUUCAGCUUUGUUAUAUAACGAAAUCCUAGCUCAAACACCCAACCUCAAGAUAGAAGAAGAUACGGGUAUGCCAACCAAAGCUCAAGCUAGACCAAUUAGUGCACUCUUUGGCUUUAAAACUCGUUCCUUUACUGACAAGUUUACCUUUGGAUUUGCUAAUCGCGAAUCUUCCCAGUUGAGUACCAGCUACCCUAACAUGUCGAGCGGAUUCAUGUUUUACAAAGAAGGUGAAGUCAAAGGUGCAUUAAACUUACGCGAAACAGACAUGUCGCGCAACCCAUCGAGUUCUUCAUCAAUGUCAUCUACCAAUACUGUCGUAUCGUCCAUACCUGUUUCCAAUUCGUACCUCAAUCAUCACAAGGCAAUUGAACAAUCGCAGUUAAGUCAGAUCCAUAAUGACAAUGAUUUAUAUUCCUUGGUCGAGCAAGACUUGAGGUUCACACCUGCAUUGUAUAAAAUUUCACCGUUUGCAAUCUCACCUGAGGCUGCCAUUGAAGAUGACAAGCAAAGUGCUUGGCCACAUUCAGUAUGCCCUUGGCAAUUGCAAUCCAAUAAAAUAAAUUAUCUGCAACCGUCGCCAAUUCACUUAAAGCUCAAGAGGGGAUUACUUGAAAAUAUCCAAGACGUGUUUAAUCAAACUAUUGAAGAGGAUGGUGACGAUGCGGGCAUUGUGUGUUUAGAAACGCAAGAUGGGGCAACAGUCCAAGACUGCAUAAUGGGAAUGUCAGCUCCAACAUCAACUUCUCCCCAACGCUACGCAUUGUCCAGAAUGGCCUCCCCACAGAUGAAAAAAUUGUCAAUGUUCAAGUUCACAACUUCUCCGGCCCCAGCAGAGGCAUUUGAGACCCCAGUCGCUCCCGAAACUACCCCAGUAUCAGACGGCAAUAUAUCCAUUGACGGUAGCCCCUUUGCCGUAGCUACAGGUAGUGAUAAUCGUGCUCACCAAAUAGCAUCCAGUGAUACCAAAGUUUCCCCAGAAUCAACCUGGAGGAACUCAGUUAGCUUUUUCAACGGUACUACUUCUGGAGUGGAUCCAACCAACUUGGGGCGCUUCAAGAAGGCAUUCUUUGCCCUGUACAGCAAACUCUCCAUUAUCAAGGUUAAGAUGACUGAAUCGGAUAGAAAGCUUUUUUCCAAGGAAGAUCCAGAAAACUCGAAAGCAAGCUACUUCACAAUGGUUGAUAGAUUGGAUUGUCUUACGUGUUCAACUUUUGUUUAUGGAAGGAAAUUCAACUGCCCGGUGAAGGAAUGCCCAAUGUACUUUCUAGGAAUUAAAAAGAAAGCUGAGUUGAAGCAUCAUGUACAUUAUCAGCAUUUGAAAAAUGGACUCGUCAAAUCCAACUGUCGUGCAUAUGCUAGGCAAAUCAAGGAAAUAUUGUUUGUGUGCAUCGAAGCAGAUUGUGGCAAAGCAUUCUAUCGGUGCGAUUCAUUGAGCAGGCAUCGCAACUUGGUCCAUGGCAAUAGAGGCAAGCGAGGUGUGAAAAGAAAGUUGGUGGUUCAUAAUGAUGAUGUCGUUGAUGAUGAAUCUGUAACAAGUUAUGAAGGUGACAGUGAGUUAGAAAAUCCAAUCAUUGUUGAUAGUGAAGCAUGUUCAACAGUGACAAAAAGGAGAAAGCUGGAUAUCAAAUAA